CGUCUGCACUUCACCAGAAACACGGAAGCGGAAGUAGCGGGAGAAGAGUGAUGUUGCGCUGCUGAACUGUCAGUUACAUUUGUUUACAUCAGACUUUAUUUUCACUUAUUGGUGAAAGCCACGUACUGGCUUACAGUGAGGCAUUUCAACCCAGUUCAGUACUCAAGCAUAAAGAAGAGAUUUUCCAUCAUCACGGGAGAAAUGAGGAGCUUUGUUUCCGGAGUUUUGUUUCUGCACUUCUUGCUGCUGAUUAUACCUCACAUCAGCUGCUGGAAUGAUGAGGCUGUGUUACUGCGUGAUGUUCAGGUGCUCACGCUCCACAGAGGCCGCUACACCACUGCACGGCGCUCCAGUCCUGUGCCACAGCUGCAGUGUGUCGGAGGAUCAGCUGGCUGUGGAUCAUUCGUUCCUGAGGUGGUCCAGUGUUACAACAGAGGAUCAGAUGGCAUAGACACACAGUGGGAAUGCAAGGCUGACAUGGACAACGCGUACAGGUUCGGGCGCGUGGAGGUCUCCUGUGAAGGCUAUAACAGUCCCAAUGACGCAUAUGUGCUGAGAGGCUCCUGCGGUCUGGAGUACAUGCUGGAGCUCACGGCAGAAGGGAGGCAGCAGCACACGCACGGCUCAGGGGGUUCGUCGGGCUUCUCAGACUUUGCCUCGAACUUCUUCCAAGGCUUUUCCAAUCAUAAGCAGCAGCAGAGCGGAGGCCAUUCUCAACAGUCUAACGGCCAGUAUCCCUUCCAGAAUGGCCCGUCUGGUGAUGGAGUGGGUGGGCUUAUAGUGAUAGCUUUCCUUUUGCUGGUGGCAUAUGCUGUAUACAAGAUGUUUCUGUGCAGUCCUACUCACGGCCACCAAGGUUACAGUGGAGAUGGAUCCCAGGGAUACGGCGGGACAUGGGAUAACAGCCAGGGUAUGGAGCCACCGCCGCCUGGAUUCAAACCAGAUUAUUACUCAGCAGACCACUCAAGCUCAAGGCCCGGGUACGGCUUUUCUGAUGCGUACACCAGACCUCAGAGUUCUUGGACCGGUUUCACUGGUGGAAACACUGGUGGACGUGGUGGGGGUGGAUUCUGGACUGGAAUGGGCACAGGUGGAAUUCUGGGAUAUUUGUUUGGGAAUCAGAGACGCCAGCCACCCAUGGGCUUCGCAGGACCAUCUUACACCAACCAACCUUCUCCAGCACCAAAAACAAGCUCAGGAACACGGACCGCCUCGGGUUUUGGAGGAACUAAAAGAAGAUGAUUGAGCAACCUCAAUUCUCACAUUGGACAUGAUCAACAGACAUAUUACAAGGAAUUACAACUUUUUAUUCAUACUACUGUUCAUUUAUUGCCCAAAACUAAACUAGAUAGCAUAUUAUUGCUUUGAUUGGUUUGUUGCUGUUCUCUUAAAACAACCUGCCUUUUUUCAUUCUGGCCUUCACUAUGGGUUUAAAAAACAACACACCCAAAUACAACUGAUCUUACUGUUUAUUAAGUGUUUAAUGCAGUUUCUUCUCAAAAGAAACUGUUAUUUCAAUGUUUUACAUUCUAAAGGACUUUAUUUUCUAUAUAAAUAGAUGAUAUAGAAUCUUAAUAUAAAAAUAUUCAGUAAAUAUUUAAAGUCAACAUUAAAUCAAAAUGGACCCUAUUGACUUUCAUAACGCAAGUUCUUGGCCCUAUUCUGUAAUGAUUCACCCAUAUUACAAAGAAAAAAUGUCAUCAGAUUCAUUUCUGAUUCCAUUAUGGUAUAGACAAUCUAAUAAAUUAUCAAUGAAUAAGUGCUUGCAGAAAUAUGAAAGAACAAAAGGGUUGCAAAUGGAAUUUCAUGUGGACUUUUUUCUUGAUAAAAAAGAUCAAAUCAAAGGCAUGUAAAGUUAUGUAAAAUCUUUUUUUUUUUUGAGUGUGUGAGAUUACUGGACAUACUGUGAUAAAGUUCUUAGCCACUGGCUGUUGUGAAAACAUUCUAAUUUGCUAAGGUAUAAUUUGUCUAUUGGCUCACUCUAUUACUCAUUGCUUUUGACAUUAAAAUUCUGAUUUGUUAAAGCUCUUCUUGCUAUGACUAUUUGGCAUUUCACGUUAACUAUUAUAUUAAUGAAGUCAGGGUGACGUUUGUAGGUUAACAGUUGUGUACAGAUCUUUUGAAGUUUAUCUCCAUUAAAUUAUCAUGCUCACCUGAACAUAUGUGUCUACUGAUUCAGAUUACUGGCUCAUCAAGGUUUCACAAGUCUUUUCCACAA